GUAAAAAGUACCAAAAUUUUGAGGUUAGGUCGUAAACAAUUUAAAUUGUUUUUAAUUUAAUUUCCAGGUACGUAAUACAAGACUAGUUGAAAUGGAAGCUUUGAAAUAUUCCGUCGCUUAUACGCCACACAAGAAGUCUUCCCUGGUAAAAGUCCACGAUUGUAAAAUUUGCCCAUACGUUACAACAUCGUUUUUCCUGAUGAUGAACCACCUUCGCCGUCAUCAGUCACCUUUGGUAUCUUUUACCUGUGAAAACCCCCUUGAAUCUUACCAUUGCAAAGACUGCGAUUUUCAAACCGAACUAACCUUGCUUUUCAAGCAACAUAUUAAAGACCGUCAUGGAAUUAAACAAGAAAACGACGACGAUUUGAUUGUGCAACACAACAAUCAAAUGUACGUUUGUGAAAAGUGCGGCUUUGAGACGCAUUUUUUGCUAACAUGGUUACGUCACAUGAAAGAGUGUAAGCGAUGUUCUUAUAAAACUACAGAAAAAUCAGAUUGGAAAGAACAUAUUCAGCGGCAUCAUGUAGAUGAAAAAGACAUCAAGUGGUACAAAUGUGAAAAGUGCGAAUACAAAAACAAAUAUCGCACAUCUUUAUACAGGCACGUAAAAAUGCAGCAUCUUGACAAGUGGCACCAUUGCACUUUGUGUCCUUACAGGUCCGUAGACAAAUUUGAUUUGAAACAGCACCUUAGCAUACGACAUGUGGACGACCUUGACGUCAAAUGGCACGAAUGUGAGCAGUGCUCAUUUAGAUGCAAACGCAUGAUAUAUUUGAGGAGACACGUGAACUUUUGUCAUAUGGAUGAAAAGGACGCCAAGUGGUACGAAUGCCAACUUUGUCCAUACAAGACUAGAUACAGUUCCAACUUAAAAAAACACUUGAAAAACCAGCAUUUUAUUGGGAAAAUUGUCAAUUGGUAUCAGUGCAACAAGUGUUCAUUUAAAACAAAACACGAGGGGGUUUUACAGAAACACGUGGACGCGUCGCGUUUGAACGGACAAUGUGAAAACGAUGCCAAGUUGUACGAAUGCCAACAUUGUCCAUACAAGACUGGAGAUCAUUCGAACUUUAAGAGCCACGUGAAGGCGCGCCAUUCGAGUGAGGAAAAUAUCACGUGGUAUCAGUGCAAGGAGUGUCAAUUUAAAACCAAAUAUAGGUAUCUUUUACGGAACCACGUGACUGUGCGACAUUUGGACGGACACCCCAUCAAAUGGUACAACUGUGACAAGUGCGAAUACAAAGCCCCAAUUCACAUAUAUUUAAACAAACACAUAAAAGCACGGCACUUGGACAAAGACGAAAUCAAGUGGCACCAGUGCAAUGAGUGUCCCUUCAGGAGCAAAGUAAAAAGAAAUUUGAGAGUACACAUUAACGCACGUCAUCUGGACGACCAGAACGCGAAAUGGUACGAAUGCAAACAGUGCCCAUUUAAAACUAAAUGUUACAGAUCUCUAACCAAACACGUGAAAGCUCGUCAUUUGCCCGAAAAGGACCGCAAGUGGUAUGAAUGCCAACAUUGUCCAUACAAGACUAAAGAUAGUUCGCACUUAAAUGGACACGUGAAGACAAUGCAUUUGAGUGAGGAAAGUAUCAUAUGGUAUCAAUGCAAGGAGUGUCAAUUCAAAACCAAAUAUAAGUGUAGUUUGCAAAACCACGUGAAUAUGUUGCAUUUGAGAGGGGAAGAAAUCACGUGGUAUCAGUGCGAAGAGUGCCCAUUUAAAACCAAAUACAGGCAUGGUUUACAGAAACACGUGAAUGUGCAGCAUUUGAGGGGGGACGAUAUCACGUGGUAUCAGUGCAAGGAGUGUCAAUUUAAGACCAAAUAUAAGACCUGUUUACAGAAACACGUGAAUGCGCUGCACUUAAGAGGGGAAGAUAUCACGUGGUAUCAGUGCAAGGAGUGUCCAUUUAAAUCAAAACACUUGAUGCUUUUACGGAAACACGUGAAUGUGCGACAUUUGGACGGACACGGCAUCAAAUGGUACAACUGUGAUAAGUGUCAAUACAAAACCCAGUAUGGAUCAUCUCUAAAGAAACACAUAAAUGCGUGGCAUUUGGACGAAGCCGAAAUCGUGUGGCACCACUGCAGUGAGUGUUCCUUCAAGAGCAAAUCAAAAAGCAGUUUGAAAAGUCACAUUAACGCACGACAUGUGAACAACCAGAACGCGAAAUGGUACGAAUGCAAACAGUGUCCAUUCAAGUCCAGAAAUGGUUCGAAUUUAAAGAGGCAUGUGAGCACCCAGCAUUCGAAUGGGAAAAGUAUGAGUGCAUCAACUGUCCAUUUAAAAGAAAACGAACAAACAAAAAUAUAAGGUGGCGCAACAUGCAGUAAAGUUUCAACGUUUAGAUGAAAUUGAUAAAAGUUCUGGGAGUGCGAAAAAUGUACUUUCAAAACUAGGAACAAAAAUAAUUUUACAUGUUAUAGUUAAUGUUUGUUUUUAUAAUGUUUUUAAUCGAAAUAUAUAUAAACCGCGCUUAAAAAUUUAUCGAUAUUUAAAUUUAUUCAGUUUAAGCCUAUUCAAUCAUGUAUUUCGAAAGCCGCCAGUGUAUUUUUUGAAGACAUUUUUGAUUUGUAAAUUGUUGUUUAUAAUUUGAUCUUAAGUUGUUCUUAUGCAUGUAUAUAUUUUGCUUUUUUGAGUAAUUGGUUUGUCCUGUAAUUGGAUU